GUGCGUGCGUGUGUUUGGGGGGAGGAGGGGGACGGUUUCUAGGUUUUCCUCAGUGGUCGCCUCAGUGGGUUUUUGAAGGAGACACGAGCGGACGCACGAGGCAGCUGGAGUGGAUUAAGAGCAAUAUUACCGGGAGACGCGCGUGCCAUUACGCGUCAGGCUGCUCCGCUGUGGAGUAAAUCGAUCUAACUAACCCACAUACAGAUAUUAUUAACAUUAAUAUUACUCCUGAUCAUAUUAAUGUGAGCGUGCAGAGGAGAAGAGGAGCGCGGGAGCGACGGUCUGUCGUCCUCCGGUUCUGAGUGUGAAGUACAGGGACGGUCACGCACCGACCACCGGGGAAAGUUGGAGUAACGCGGGCGGACGGUGAGAGAGGGAGCGCGUGGAUGUUUAACGUGUAAGAAGCGGCUGAACUACAGCGAGGAAAGUGUUUGUUUCUCCGUUAAUGGACCGACUUCACCGGAUAAACCGUGGAUACUCAGACACGCGCUGCCUCACCGGAAUAUGCGGACCUUAACGGACUCUGCGAACGCGUCCCGAGUCUCCGCGCUGGUCUGAGUCUCCCUGAGGAGGGGGUCCAGUCUCCCCGUUUAGACCGUCUCCAGGGGUAUUUGCUCGCUCCACCAUGUCGGUGGCAGUUUCACCGGUUCCCAGCGUAGAAAGAGAGAGAGAGAGUGAGUGAGAGACACCGAGAGAAAGAGAGAGAGAGAGAGAGCCGGGGUGAACCGGACCGGAGCGCGCGGGAGACCGACCCUGUGUUCAUGACUUGUGGGAUUACUGCUGCACGCGAGAUGAUCCUGAUUAAUGUCAUCACUUUGGUGUUUGUGUUGGAUGUGUGUGUGUGUGAUUCAGAGCUGGGCCCCCCCGGGUGGAGGGAACCUCUGGACUGCGUCCGAGCCUCUGAACUGUGCAACCAAAACAGCCAGUGCAGCUCACGUUACCGGAUCAUGCGCCAGUGCCUGUCUGGUGGGGACAAGGAGCGCAGUGCCAUGCUGGCCUCCAAGGAGUGCCAGGGAGCGCUGGAGGUGCUGCAGGACUCUCCACUGUAUGACUGCCGCUGCAAGAGAGGCAUGAAGAAGGAGCUGCAGUGCCUGCAGAACUACUGGAGCAUCCACAUGGGCCUGACUGAGGGGGAAGAAUUUUACGAGACGUCUCCGUACGAGCCGAUCCAUUUCUCAGAGGAAUACCGACAUGCGUCCAUCAUCUCAGAUUCAUCUUUGUCAAAGAUGAGCCCCUGCUCUGAAGCGGGGAAACCCUGUAACCCCUGCCUGGACGCAGCGAAGGCAUGUAACCUCAACGAGACAUGUAAACGUUUACGCUCUGCCUACAACUCCAUCUGCAGCAAGGCCACGCCCCCGCAGCCCUCUCUGGCCAAUCAGGAGCCGUGCAGCCGGAAGAGGUGUCAGAAGGCUCUGCGUCAGUUUUUCGAGCGGGUAUCAUGGGAGCUGAGUUACCCCCUGCUGUUUUGCUCCUGCCCCGACCAGGCGUGUGCCGAGCGUCGCCGCCGCACCAUCGUCCCCUCCUGCUCCCACCAGGAGAGGCACAAACCCAGCUGCCUGGAGCUCCGACACACCUGCCGCUCCGACGCUCUCUGCAGGUCUCGACUCGCCGACUUCCACAUGAACUGCCAGAUGACGCCUCACACCGUCACCAGCUGUCCUCACGACAACUACCACGGCUGCCUCAUGUCCUACGUCGGCCUCAUCGGCUCAGAUGUAACGCCUAACUACAGCGACAGCAGCCCCUCCAACAUCACCAUCAGCCUGUGGUGUACCUGCAGAGGCACCGGCAAUCAGGAGCGAGAGUGUGACGCUUUCCACCGGGACUUCACACACAACACCUGCCUCAAAAACGCCAUCCAGUCGUUUGGUUACGGCUCAGAGGGGGGGACUCUUCUCGUAACCGAGCCGUCGUCCACCUUCCUACCCCCCGCCCAGCCGCCGAUCAUCUCCAAACCUGCCCCCUCUCUGCACGGCAACGCAGUCAAACCCAUGGACAGUGCUUGUAUGUUUUCCACGUGUGCCAACCUGCAGGAUGGAGGCCAGAAGUGCAUCCCCUCCGAUGAGUAUGAGUGCGAAGAGGCUCUGUUGGCCCAGGGGUCAAUAGACUCUCAGGACUCUGCAGGGCCCAAGAGCAGCAGCAGCAGCCGGCAAUCAGCUCCACUCCUCCACCACAUCUCUGUGACUCUGUGUGUGUCCGUUCUGCCAGCGUUUCUACUCUGCGUCUCAUAAAUGUGAACUCACUCUCACACACAUACAUACAUCCACCCGCACACACACAUUCUCCUACACACACACAUACACACUCCUAAAUGGCAAGACCCAGAGAAAGUCACAUGACUCGGCGCCCCUUCGCUACGGGAAAAUGUCAACCAACAGACAUCCAAACAUCAACAACGGCCUUUUGAGGAGGAAAGUAUUCUGGAGGACGUUCAGAUUAGCCGCCUCUCUCCACCACACACACACAAAGAGGAGGAAGAAUGGAAGACGACAACACUGAACUGUGGAGUCAGAGAGAGAGAGAGAGAGAGAAAUAAGAACAGACACUUGGGAUUUUGGAUCACAGUGACUUCAUUUCCAAUGCUCCCUGUCUGGAGGGUUUGUGUGCUUUUUGUGCAGACCCGGCUCGGACUCACUCCCUCCAGCUUUCUUGGAUCUGAGACAGCUGGGCUGAAAAGCACAGGGACUUUGGCUCAGGCACAAAACCACACACACACACGCACACAUACACAUACACACAUAAUCCAACCUGACAAAAAUCAUACACACACACACACACUUGGACAACAAGUCUUAAAGUCACCAGAGAGAGAGAGCGAGAGAGGACGGGAUUUCUAGGCUGGACAGAUGGGACAGAUCCUUCCACGGUGUUUGUCAGCUCAAUUUAUCACUCCCCUGGACCUCUCUUGUGGCAAGAAAUCUAUACGACAUACAUACAAAGCACAAACACACACACACACACACACACACACACACACACACACACCGUCGCCCUCCCCUUAGACCUCGUUAGCGGGCAAACAGGGUCCCCACACGGACACAAACACUCAUGCUGUACACCAGUGUGCUUUUCGCGGGUCUUUAUCUUAAUUUUGUCGUCGACAUUCUGUACAAACUUCAUUUAAUGUGGAAUAUGAAAAAAGUCCAUCCAAUGGAGUCUCAAUGGAAGAGUGUAUAUUUCACAUACUGUAAGUGUAUAGUUGUGUGAGUGUGUGUGUGUGUGUUUAUGUGUGUGUUUGUUGGGGAGUGUGUGUGUGUGUGUGUGUGUGUGUGUUUCUGCAUGGGCGUCUGUGGCUGAGUGUGGGUGGAAACAAAGAAACGCUGUGAGGAUUUGAAUCUUUGAAGCAACUGAAAAACAUGUUGAACUGAAUCACUGCCGACUGUUCAACAUCCACAUUUAAACACAACUGGAUUCAUGAAAAAUUAACUCCACUACAUUUGUCUGACAGCCUCAGUUACUAGGUACUUUUCAGAUAACUGAGUCCUGCAGGACUGAUCCUAAAACCAGGAAGUCAGUUAGCAUGUUAGCAUGUUAGCUCUUCCUGUUGUCAGUGUGUUUCUGGUUAAAUGUCUGAAAUAAGGUCUGUGGUUUUAACACAAGCUCAAGACAUUUUCAGGUUUGAUUCUCCGACAUAAAAUGGGUCAGUAAAUCCCCCACUCCUGAUGUUUGAAGCUUUUCCGUGUCUUAAAAAAGGCGGUUGCUAACGAGUGUCUAAAUGAGACUACAGAGGUUGUCGGGGACGUUAACAUGAAAACCCAUCUACUCACCAGUCCACCUUUACAGCCUCGUUGUGUUUCUACUCACGCUCUUUCAAACUCUCACUAACUUUCUAAGAAGAAAGGCUUUUGUAGAAGAGCUCAGAGCUAAAUGAAAUGACACACACACAGUUUAUUUUCUGGAAUAAUCCAAAACAUAAUGAAAAAGUCCCCAUUGGCUUUUUGUGGAGGAACCAGGCUGAUGCUAACUUCAGGACUGGACUACAGAAACACAUCAUCACUGCACCACUCCAUUUGGUGAGCUUGAAUUUGAAAGUGUCCGAUAAACUAAAAGAUAAAUUUUUCAUUUUGAGAUUGAGAAAAUUCUUUUUUCUCUGUCAUACACAUCUGCUCCUAAAACCUAAAAUAUAUCAACACAUCCCACGUCUUAAUCAGAAAAUAAAAUUCUGAAGUUGUUAAAAUGCUGUUAAAAACAUUUUAGUGCUUUAAACUCAGCUGUGUUUACUGUAGGUGUCUGCAUUAGGUAUUCAGUAGUGGUUUCAUUUCACAGUUGCUCAGUUGCUUCAAACAUUAAUUUUUUUUUUUGCUUCCAUUAAUGUGUAACCUGUGUGGUUGUUUGUGUGUGUGUGUGUGGGUUCUUCAGUGUGUACUUUACCUCUGGCCACUCUGUGGGGUAUUUUUUAUGUUUCAUAGAAGCUACCAGGAUGUGGAAGAUGAACUAAGGCCUGUUGUGCUGUAAGAUGGCCGCCAGGUCGGAGGUUGAACUGGGUCGUCACUUCCUGCCCUCCAUCAGAUGGAAGAGAAAGAGAGAUCAGUUUCUGUGACUAUGGUGUGGCCUUACUUUACUGUUCUUUCUUACAUACUUGAAAGAGGGAAAAUUAGUAUCACUGCCCCGCUAGCAGUCAGGAAAAGGGUUUACAAAGUCCAACUGACAUUAAAUCACAUGUGACUAUUCAUGAUCCCCAGAGGAUCAAUCCUAAUGAUUCUGUCAGUCCCCCAAAAUUUUCAGUAGCACCACAAUCAAAGCAAAAUUAAUCUUCGACCUAACACUUUCAUGGCAAGAAACCUCAAAACCAAUCAACUGGUCCCCAGAGGAUGAACCCAUCCAAAUAAUGUCUGCCAAACUUUUCAUCCAGUAAAACAUUAAUUAAUUUUGUAGAUGAGACCUGAGACGUUUAUUACCGAUGAAAAAACAUAAAUCGAUUUUUUAAAGAGACAUUUAAAGAGUUUAUUCGUUUAAACAUUGAGUCUGAUUAGGAAUUUGCCUGAGAAACAAGUGUGUUUAUGUGAAAGAAAUAAAACAGUAUCAUCUGCAAAAAAGUGACCAAAAUAUAAACAAAGAUCAGUGACCAGUUAUUUAUGUAGAUGAGAAUAAAAGGGAUCCAACAAUGGAUCCCUGUGGGACACUGCACAUAGAUUGUUGCAUAUAAGAAGUCUAAUCAUUCACAUUUACAAAGUGUUUCUGAUUAGUGAUAGAAUUUCAAAAAGGAAAAUAUUACAAUCAUCUGUUCUUUCACCACCCCAGGACAAUCUUUACAUUUAUAACCCCAACUGCUGUCAUGACUCUAAAGAAAAGCUAAAUUAUCAGUGGACUGAUUCUGUUGGGUUUAAUGAACAUUACCACGUCCAGCUGCUGCUAGCGGGGCUCUACACUACACAUCCUGCUCUGAUUAUGUGGAGGGAAAGUGAGAACUGAGAAGAUGGAUGGAGGAAAAAGGUGAAAGUGAGGUUGUAAAUUUGCUGAUAUAUUUGUAAACUUUAACAGCGCUACAGCAGUGUAACUGAAAUAUGUGUCUGGAGAUCUAAAUAAAAGUAACAUCUGU